CCCACUUUGGUCACACUACCAAUGUUUUGAUCGGCUGUUAAAUAAUAAACUUUUAUAAAUUAAACUUUUCCAAGAUGCCCAAACAGCCCUCAUUCGUGUCGCGCAACAUCGUGGCCAUCGUGAUGAUACCCAGUCUUGUGGGCAUCCACCUGGGCUGGAGCUACAUGCAGAACAACCGCAAACUGGUCACAGAAGCAGAACAGAUCGACCUGCCGCCGGUUACGUUCGUAAAGUUCGCGUGGAACAAGCUGACGGGAGCUGAAACGAGUUCAAAGGGUGGCGGCAAUCCGGCGGAAUGACGACACAACUGAGGAUGAGCUUAAGAAAUACAAUAUAUUUAUUGUAUAGAUAAAUUAAAACUACAUGUUAACGGUA